AUGGCGCUACAGCUGCAGGCCGCGGCUCCGUGUCCGCCCCUGCCACUCACUGCCUCACGCGGCCGCCUCGCUGCGCCUCAGCCUUCGCCUCCCUUCGUCAGCAUAGCUGUCGCUACCUCCUCCAGCCCGGGCUCGUCCGCGCGCCUCUCGUGCCGCGGCCCGGCGCCUCGCUGGCGGCGUGCGAGCAUGAGGGCACGCACCGGUGCCGGCGGCGGCGGGCGGAGGGAGUCCCCGUAUGAGGUGCUUGGCGUGUCGCCGUCGGUGGCGCCCAACGAGAUCAAGCGCGCGUACCGGCGCCUCGCGCUCAAGUACCACCCGGACGUCAACAAGGAGGAUUUCUUGGGACCUCGCGCUCAAGAUGAUUUCUUUGUUUAA